CAGAACGGUAGUUAGAUUAGCGUAGAGCUAUGGACUUAAUAACGCUAUAAUUGGAGAAUGAAAUAAUAUUUUACAGCGCAGAAUCCAAGGUGUGUGUUACGCGCCAAGUUGUUGCGUUUCUGUGAGUAGGACUGUUGUUUACUGGUUGUUUCUCAAAGUUUAUGUUUUUAGAACAUAAGUUGGUCGUAUGAAUGUAGCAUGGUCUUAAGAAAUGGGUUCUCAGGUCACCGUUUGUCAGUUGUGCAAGUUGUAUGGUGGUUUGUUUUCAAAACACUCCUGUUUUUGUCAGCCAUCAUAAUCUCUUUAGUAAACGAUCCUGGAUGGUAGUUUGAACUAACAACUUUCUUGAGUUGGGUGUCCGUGGAUCAACUUCGUAAGAAUUAGUGCAACUACUACUGAUUUAAUAUGAGUAACUCAGUGUUAGAAAUGAAUUUCGCUCGCUUACUGUACUGUACUGAAUGUCUAUCAGCACAGAAACAAAUAGGAACUACUUACAAGGACUACGUAAAAACUCUUGAAACAUUUUUUAAUGCGUUGACUUCAUCCAACCAUCAUCCUUCUCCGGAAAAUAUACGUAAAUAUGAAAUAAGGCUAAAAAAGUUAAAACAGACUUGUGAUACAGUACAAAAUUCGAAUGUACAGUCUAUUCAUCAUCAUCUAUCACAUAGUGAAAUAAUUGCAACUUCUAAAGUGAAUGAAACCUCUCCUGUUAAUGAUAAUGUCAAUAAUGAGAGUGUAAUGGCUCCUGAAAUAAAUAACUUAUCAUGUAAUGAAAACGAUACUAUGUGCUCUGAAAUAGACAGUCAAUCACUUAUUCAGGGCACAUUUACUGAUAGAUGUGAUUUGAUCGCAAAAGAACGCCAACGUAUAAAUAGAGAAUUACGCGAGCAAUUAUUAGGUGGAAAUAAAUCCAGCGAUAAAAAAUCAUCAAAUCAUAGUAAAAAUGAAAAUCUAACACAUUCCUCUGGACUUCUUCGUGAACAAGAAAUUCAACGUGAGCAAUUAGCUUCAGAAAUGCUGCUAUUAACAACAGAUUUGAAAAAUCAAUCUUCUGCAAUGAAUCAACGAAUUCGCCUAGAUUGUAAAACUGUUGAUGCUAGUAUAGGACAAGUUGAGCGAAAUACUGCAAAUCUUCAUGGUAUAUUAAAUGAAUUAUCAUUAGAGCUUGGUUCCAAAUGUGGUCGAAUUGUAUGGAUUCUAUUUUUUAUCGCAUUAGGUUUAUUUUUAUAUAUGAUAUUAUUUAUGAAAAUGUUUCGUAAACGAGUUAUUCAAUCAAAUUCUGUCUAUUCUUCUAAAUCCGAGUUAUAAAUUGUUAUAGAAUGUGCAUAUUAUUGUUGAGGUUAAUUGCCUUUGUCAACAAAACACUAAAUUUUUUUUAAUGAUUUUGACUCUUGUGCUUUAAACUAUGCUGUGAUAUCUAUUGUCAAAAGUCAUGUGUAAUUAGCCUCUCUUCCUAUUGGCUAGUCUCUCUUACCUAAGAUCUUGUAAAUGCCAUCUGUAUACAGUGAUGUUUAUUUAUUUCAUUGGGUUCUUUUUAAUGAAGUAUAAAAGCUCUUUUAUAAAGUAAAGUCUCCUCUCUUUUCCACUCGCAUGGAGUUUUCAUAAUUGACAUGUAUCGUUGUGCAUUAUUAGCCUUUUGACAUAUCUAGUCAGGUUGAAUACGAUGUUAUAUGUUCAUAUUGACUUAUACAUUUAUAUUUUUUAUCGGUACCAAUUAUUAAUAACCGUUUUUUAAGUGUAUGAAUUUAUGAAUGAAUCUGUGGUUUAUUGCAUGUGAAGCAUAUGAAUUUCAAACAUUAAAUUGAAGCAAAUUGUACUGGGUUCAAUUCCUGGAGUGAACAUCAACUCUGGGAUUCGAUUACACCCAGCUGACGAGUCUGAAAUAGGACGAGAAGCGCGUACUGGAUUCCAUUGCCAACCACCAUCCAUCUCUGCUCAUUAGCUUAAGAGGUACGAAUUUGAACAAGUAAGGUUUAAAGAGCUCUCGUACCUUAAGUUGUAGCUCAUGGAUGGAUGGCUACACGAAU